AUGGGUCUUGCAUCUGCUAACGGCCCAUUCGGGCAGCAGUAUGCACAGGGUUCGGUCCAGCAGAUGUCCAGUGCUGGAUUAAACGCUCAGAUACAAAACAAGGCAGCUCUUCCCAACAGCCUCCAGCCCACCCUGAAGGGUGCUUCCAGCGUGCCAAAUCUGCUGCAGCAGCAGGUGCCCUCGGUGGGCAUGGUCCCGGGACAGGGGGUGUCGAUGGGCCCUACGGCUGACCCGGAGAUUCGCAAACUGAUCCAGCAGCAGCUGGUCCUGCUGCUUCACGCCCACAAGUGCCAGCGGCGAGAGCAGGCCAACGGUGACGUGCGCGCCUGUGCCCUGCCCCACUGCCGCACCAUGAAGAACGUCCUCAACCACAUGACCCACUGCCAGGCGGGGAAGUCCUGCCAAGUGGCUCACUGCGCCUCCUCUAGACAGAUCAUCUCGCACUGGAAGAACUGCACCCGGCACGACUGCCCCGUCUGUCUGCCCCUGAAAGCGACAAACUUCAGCGACAAGAGAAACCAGCAGUGCACUAACCAGAUGAACAUGGGUGGUAACGGUAUGAAUGAUCAGACGAACCUUCACACCGAUUCCUCUCUCCCCUCAUCCCUCAACAAUCAGAUGAUGCCUCAUGGGUCGAACAUGGGCGGCACGGGGAACCUGCCCACAGCUGCGCCGCUGUCAAUGCCUGGCAUGAAGAAGCCCUGGCACGAGCACUUCACUCAGGUCUUGAGGAAUCACCUAGUGCACAAGCUAGUUCAAGCCAUAUUCCAGAUCCCAGACCCUGCAGCACUGAAGGACAGACGCAUGGAGAACUUGGUGGCUUAUGCGCGUAAGGUGGAAGGGGACAUGUACGAGUCUGCCAACAGCAGGGAUGAGUAUUACCACUUUCUGGCUGAGAAGAUCUAUAAGAUCCAGAAGGAGCUGGAGGAGAAGAGAAAGUCCAGGCUGUCGAAGCCUCAAAUGGGCGCUCAGGGUCCCCAGCAGCCUGGCCUUCCCCAGCCCAACACUAUGGGACCUGGACAAGCCAUCCGGCCUCCGAAUGGACCUGUUCCUAUGUCCAAUGUGCCAAACCAGUUGAUGGCCCGGAUGCAGGUUCCUCAAGGGAUGGGCCAGUUCAACUCCGUGACCAUGCAGAGCAUGCAGAUGUCCCAGUCACCGGUGGGAGCUCCCCGGGCUGCGUCCCCUAUGACCCACCCCCCUCAGAUGGGCAUGGGUAACGUUCCAGCGAUGAGCAUGUCUCCCUCCAGGAUGCAACAGGCACCAGCAAUGAUGGGAGGCCAUUUUGGCAACAUGGUGGGCCAGACGCAAAACCAGAACCAGUUCAUGAACCAGACGUUCCCACCCUCAGGCGGGGGCAUGAAUAUGAAUGUAAACCUGGCUCAGCAGUCGGGACAGACUGUCCCACAGCAGCAGCAGCAGAACGCUAACCUGACCCUGAAUCCUGUGGGCCCUCUGGGCACCCCGUCCACCCUGUGCUCCACCCCUCCUCCUCCCUCCGCCUCCACCCCGUCAGCUGCCGCUAGCUUACAGUCACUCCAGACCCAGCCUUCCACGCCGGCGUCAGUUGGGGGCCACGUCACGCCCACUCACAUCCCCAGCGGCUUGCCCCGCCCUCCCUCAGCCCUUGGCUCCUCCCCCGCCCACUCCCAGCCGCUCACGCCCCUGCAGCCCCAGCCCGAGCCCUCCUUGCAGAUGCAGCAGCCCACCUCUGUGCAAGCGCAGCAGCCUCGCACUCCGCUCUCUCAGAUGGCCGCUAGCGUUGAUAAUAGAGUUCCUACGCCAGCAUCAGUGGCCGAGACCCACUCCCAGCAAGCUUUGCCCCCCGACUACCCUGCUGCCGAACACAAAACUGAGCAUCAAGAAGACGAGCAGGAGUUUGAAUCUGGGAAAAAGGGCUUAAAAAUGGAUGACGAUGUCAAACCUCCUCAAGUAAAAGAGCAGUUUGUAGAACCUAAACAAGAACCGAUGGAGACGAAGGAGAAGAAAACGGAGAUAAAGACCGAGCCGAAAGAGGAGGACGUGUCCAGCAAUGCAGCAUCCAGUCAAUCUGUCCAGUCGCGCAAGAAAAUUUUCAAGCCGGAGGAGCUCAGACAGGCGCUGAUGCCAACACUAGAAGCUCUGUAUCGUCAAAACCCAGAGUCCUUGCCCUUCCGCCAGACAGUGAAUCCCGCUCUACUGGGCAUCCUGGACUACUUUGACAUUGUAAAGAACCCAAUCGAUCUUUCCACCAUCAAGAGGAAGCUGGACACGGGGCAGUACCAGGAGCCCUGGCAGUAUGUUGAUGACAUCUGGCUGAUGUUCAACAACGCCUGGCUCUACAACCGCAAAACAUCUCGAGUGUACAAGUACUGCUCGAAGCUGUCCGAGGUGUUCGAGCAGGAAAUUGACCCCGUCAUGCAAGGUCUGGGAUACUGCUGUGGGCGCAAGUACGAAUUUUCACCUCAGACGCUCUGCUGCUAUGGCAAACAGCUCUGUACUAUCUCCAGAGACGGCACAUAUUAUAGCUACCUAAACAGGUAUCACUUCUGCGAGAAGUGCUUCAAAGAGAUUCAGGGCGACAGUGUCACCCUGGGAGAUGACCCGGCCCAGCCGCAGACGUACGUAUCUUCUGCCGCUCAGAAGGCUUUGAGUAUGAUAUCAAAGGAGCAGUUUGAGAAGAAGAAAAAUGACAUGUUGGACCCUGAGCCCUUUGUUGAAUGUAAAGACUGUGGCCGGAAGAUGCAUCAAAUCUGUGUACUACAUUAUGACGUCAUUUGGCCAUCAGGUUUCAUCUGUGACAACUGCCUGAAGAAGUCAGGGAAAACAAGAAAGGAAAACAAGUUUUCUGCUAAAAGGCUACAGUGCACGAGACUGGGUUCGUACAUCGAGGACCGAGUGAACAAGUACUUGAAGAGGCAGAAUCACCCUGAGGCCGGAGAGGUGUUUGUGCGGGUGGUCGCCAGCUCUGAUAAGACUGUGGAGGUCAAACCUGGGAUGAAAUCUAGGUUUGUUGACUCAGGAGAGAUGGUAGAAAGCUUUCCCUACAGAACCAAAGCACUUUUUGCAUUUGAGGAGAUUGAUGGAGUGGAUGUGUGUUUCUUCGGCAUGCACGUCCAGGAAUAUGGAUCUGAAUGUCCCUUUCCUAACACCAGACGGGUAUACAUAUCAUAUCUUGACAGUAUUCACUUCUUCAAGCCUCGAUUGCUAAGAACUGCAGUUUACCAUGAAAUCCUCAUUGGUUAUUUGGAGUAUGUUAAGAAACUAGGGUAUGUGACGGGUCAUAUCUGGGCCUGCCCACCUAAGAAAGGUGAUGACUACAUCUUCCACUGUCACCCUCCUGAUCAGAAGAUUCCCAAGCCUAAAAGACUACAGGAGUGGUACCGCAAAAUGCUGGACAAAGCCUUUGCAGAAAGAAUCCUCCAUGACUACAAGGACAUAUUUAAGCAGGCCACCGAGGACCGCCUUACAAGUGCCUAUGAGCUGCCCUAUUUUGAGGGUGAUUUUUGGCCCAAUGUUUUGGAGGAAAGCAUCAAGGAGCUGGAGCAAGAGGAGGAGGAGAGGAAGAAGGAGGAGAAUACAACCUCCUCUGAGAUAACAGAGGGAACCCAAGCUGACAGCAAGAAUGCCAAAAAGAAGAACAAUAAAAAGACCAACAAAAAUAAGAGCAGUGUGAGCCGCGCAAGCAAAAAGAAGCCUGGGAUGCCGAAUGUAGCUAAUGAUCUGUCCCAGAAGCUAUAUGCAACAAUGGAGAAGCACAAAGAGGUCUUCUUCGUGAUCCACCUGCAUGCUGGUCCACUGAUCAAUAGCUUGCCUCCAAUAAUGGAUCCGGACCCGAUGCUGACCUGCGAUCUGAUGGAUGGCCGCGAUGCCUUCCUGACACUGGCCAGGGACAAACACUGGGAGUUCAGUUCCCUACGCCGCUGCAAAUGGAGCAGUAUGUGCAUGCUGGUGGAGCUACACAAUCAGGGCCAAGACAGAUUUGUGUACACUUGCAACGAAUGCAAGCACCACGUAGAGACACGCUGGCAUUGCACCGUUUGUGAGGACUUUGAUCUAUGCAUUAACUGCUACAACGCCAAGGGCCAUGAGCACCAAAUGGUGAAAUGGGGUUUGGGCCUGGACGACGACAGCAACAACCAGGGCGGUGAAGCCAACAAGAGCCCACAGGAGAGUCGACGCCUCAGCAUCCAACGCUGCAUCCAGUCACUGGUGCAUGCCUGCCAGUGCCGCAAUGCCAACUGCUCUCUGCCAUCUUGUCAGAAGAUGAAGAGAGUGGUGCAACACACCAAGGGCUGCAAGCGCAAGACAAACGGAGGCUGCCCCGUUUGCAAGCAACUCAUUGCGUUGUGCUGCUACCAUGCCAAGCACUGCCAGGAAAACAAGUGUCCCGUGCCCUUCUGUCUCAAUAUCAAGCACAAGCUGCGGCAACAGCAGAUUCAGCAGCGGCUGCAGCAGGCGCAGAUGAUGCACCGGCGCAUGGCACUCAUGCAGGGCAGAGGAAUGCCGCCCAGUCUGCCCUCCCCAACUACCUCAGGAGGUCCGGGGACGCCCAACUCUCAGCAGCUGCAGCAGCCUAAUACGCCUCAGACCUCGCAGGCAUUAGCCAACCAGCCCCAGCAGACGCAUCAGAAUGUGGCUGCAAUGCCGCAACCAUUCCCCAACCAACCAUCUACGCCCGGGUCGCAGGGUAAGUCAGGGCCACAGUCCUCUCCCCUGCCCCAGCAGCAGUCUCCCCUGCCCAUGCAGCCUCAACAGCAGCCGCAGCCCUCUCCACAGCAGCAGCAGGCUUUGAAGGUUGCAAAACAAAUAGAGAUGAUGACCAAAGCUCAGCAGCAGCAGCAGCAGCAACAACAACAGCAGCAGCAGCAAGGCUACAGGAUGAGUGUGAAUGGCAUGCAGAUGAACCAGCCUCGCAUGAUGACUCCCAUGCAGAUGAUGGCCCCUCGUGGCCCUCAGAUGGUUCAGAACAUGCAGCCUGGCCAGUGGCCAGCUGGGAUGCAAGGGUCCAUGCAGAAUCCGCAGGCACCUCUGCCACAGCAAGUGCCACCGCAGCCAAUGGCCAUGGCCCCGCAGCAGUCUCCGGUAGUACAGACACCUCAACAGGCGCAGAUGAUGCAGCGCGCCAUGAUGCAGCAGCAACAGCAGCAGCAGCAGCCUCGGCAGAUGCAGGCUGUCAUGCCUCCCCAGCAGCCACAACCACAGGCCCCGCAACAACAAGGCAUGCAAAGAGGGGUGGCCAGCAGCAUCGCUCCAGGAGCACUGCAGGACCUGCUGCGCACAUUAAAAUCUCCAAGUUCCCCUCAGCAGCAGCAGCAGGUCCUCAACAUCCUCAAAUCGAACCCACAUCUCAUGGCGGCGUUUAUCAAACAGCGGACAGCGAAGUACCAAGCCAGCCAACCGCAGCAGCAGAACCCGCAGGCCAUGCUCGCAGGUCAGCCGGGAAUGCAGAACAUGGCUGCGAUGCAAACUGGCCCCGUGCAGAGAGCCGUCAUGCCGCCGCAGCAGCCCCAGCCAGCUGCAACCCAAGCCGUGGCUGCCCUCGGACCCCAGGGACAAAUGAUGAACGCUGCACACAACGGAAACCAGCAGCUGUUCCGCAGGCAACUAAUGCGCAUGCAGCAACAGCAGCAGCAACAACAACAGGGAGUGAUGCCUCCAGCACAAGGGAGAUUUCCGCAACCUCAAGGUGCGCCCAGUUACUCGCAAAUCCGCAUGCAGCAGCAGAUGGCCAUGCAGGGAGGCGCCGGGCCCAUAGGUCAGAUGCCGCCCAUGGGUCAGAUGGGCCAGCCUGGAAUGAGCAUGGAUGCCCAGCAGAACAUGCUGCAACAGCGCAUGCUUCAGCAGCAGCAGCAGCAGCAACAACAACAGCAGCAGCAGCAACAGAUGCUGAAGCAGCAAAUGGGAUCGCCGGCUCAGGCCGCUUCCAUGAGUCCCCAACCGCACAUGCUUGCAGGACAACAGCAGGGAGCUCACUUACCCGGACAGGCCAUGGCCAAUGCACUGGGCAACCAAGUGAGGUCACCUGCACCCGUGCAAUCGCCCCGCCCCCCGUCCCAACAGCCGCCACAUUCCAGCCCAUCCCCGCGCAUGCAGCCCCAGCCCUCGCCCCUGCACUCCGGCGUGUCCCACCCCAGCCUGGCAGGACCCAUGCCGGGCCACUUGGACCAGGCUCACCUGUGCACACCCGAACAGAGUGCAAUGCUUCCGCAACUGAACACGCCAAACCGUGGAGGGCACCCCAACGACAUGAGUAUGGUUGGGGACACAUCGGGAGACACGUUAGAGAAGUUUGUCGAGGGAUUGUAGCAUUAAGAGACGUUCUUUUUGAGGACAGAGGUGUGUUUCCUACACAGGAAAUUAGACAAAAUAAACUGUAAUAGGUUUACACAACCAAUGGACUGCUUUUUCUUCCCCGUUAGAGGGAUUGAAAUUACUGUGUAAAGAGCAGAAUCACAAAGGGUAUUUUUCUGGGAGGGUUGUUGGACCGGCCGAAAUGCAGUCCAGGUCUACAAAUUACAUUUUUAAUUGUUUUCUUUGUUUUGUUUCGGGGAGGGGGUUACUUUGAGCUUAUGGACUUUUUAAAUGGAAUAUCUCAAGGCAAAAUAUUUGAUUUUAUUAUUGAAGACUUUCGUUUUGUAUGUUUGCAAACUGAAAUGCGUUUUUUUUUUUUCUUGCCGAGUGUGUGUGCGUGUUUAGGGACUGUAAGAUACUCGGUGUGGAAUUAGGAUCAGGAGCAAUCCUCAUUCCUGUCUGAUACGUAUUCACGUUUACCAGGUUUGGAAAAGGAACGCACCGCCUUUUUCUCUCCAAACUGUGGAGUUUGUACAGAGGACCUGUUUUCAUUUGUACAGAAAGGAGCUUGGCUACUGCACACACACACGAACACGCGAGCAAAUUGUGAAAGUUGCUCUUAUUUUUCAAGGUGCCCAAAUGCGUUAAUUUAUUGGCCUGGAUUCAGUAGUUGUCUCUUAAGAUGUAGGAAGAUGUUCCUGUUUUUCUCGUUUGAUCUCUGAAACAUCAAUGAUGUCCCCUCCACCUCGCGUAUGAGGCCGGAGCUUCUUCUGACUGCUGAUUUGUUCAAAGAGUUCUUCAGUCAACCUCUUAUGUUUUUCUCCUCAUGAAACUUGAAUUGAAGGUGAACGAUUCUUUAAUGUAAAUCAUGCAGCUUGAUGACAUACUGUAAAUAAAAGGAAAAAAAGAUUGAGAUCGCUGUAUAAACUGGUUAAGAACUUGUUUCGUACUUAUAUACCAUAUUGUUAAAUAAACUGUGUGCAACAGACACGA